AACGUGUGGGUAAUCUAUCUGGCUCGAUGACAUCUUGCGUGCGUUGUGACAGAUGACAGGAGCUAAAUGACGAUAUGUCAAAUAAAAAACAUUCACCCCAGCCGAAGCGGUCCGAAGCCCUCAGCGGUCGCUUAUCAAAGUCAGCUUCCGAGCUAUCAUGUUCGUCACCAGUACAGGCAGUUCCACCGCGAGCGAGGUCUGCUCAUCAUCAUACUCCGCUCUCAGUCGUACAUAGAACACAGCACUUCUUUAACAAUUUGAAGAGUCGCUGGCAACGUAGCAGAAGCAGAGAAAGAUGUCCAGCCGGAACAAUAUUAUCUCUGGCACCAGGACAUGACAAUAGUGGCGCAGAAUAUGCAGAUCACAGUUCAGAGCAAAGCACGCCAGCCAAUUCACCAAGACGACGGCUGACCAAAGAUACAUCAGUGACGCGGCAAACAUCAAUAGAACCUGUGCCGUCAACAUCUGGGACCCCUGCACAUCUAUCACGACCGCCAGUUGACCUUUUGGCUUUGGAACCAGACGAAGGGCAAAAGUUGCGAGAGCAGCAGUUACGACAAUAUUCCUUUUUUCAAUUAAGGAUACAUUUAAAGAGAGGUCAAAACCUUAUUGCCAUGGAUAAAAACGGUUUGUUGUCAGGAACCAGUGAUCCGUACGUGAAAUUCAAAGUUGCUGGAAGGUUGCUUCACAAAUCCAGAAUAGUUUACAGAGACCUGAAUCCUGUUUGGGACGAAUGUUUCACUGUGCCCAUAGAGGAUCCUUUCCUUCCGGUACAAUUAAAGGUAUUUGAUUACGAUUGGGGAUUACAAGACGACUUCAUGGGUGUGUGUCAUUUGGACCUCACAGCCUUGGAGCUUGGCAGGUCACAAGACCUGGUUCUCUGUCUGCGGGACCCUAACAAACCGACCAACCAGGAUUUGGGGGAAAUCGUCCUUAACGUCACUCUUUACCCAAAAUCUCAAGAAGACAAAGAACAGUACCUCUUAAAGAACACGAAGCUAAGCGACGUUAACAAGAGAUUAAAAGCACAAAUAUGGAGUUCAGUUGUAACAAUAGUUUUAGUUGAAGCAAAAAAUCUUCCAGCGAUGGACAUUGACACUAGAACAAGCGACCCAUAUUGUAAAUUUAGGUUAGGUAACGAAAAAUAUAAAAGUAAGGUAGUUUGGAAAACAUUACAUCCAUCGUGGUUGGAACAGUUCGACCUACAUCUCUACGACGAUCAAGAACAGAUAUUAGAAGUCACUGUGUGGGACAAAGAUAAACAAACCAAAGACGACUUCCUGGGGAGAUGUACCAUAGACUUAUCGACAUUAGAAAGAGAGAAGACUCACAAUAUCUGGCGGGAACUAGAAGAUGGUAAUGGCCAAAUAUUUCUUCUUCUAACCAUAAGUGGCACCACGCAAUCCGAGACUAUAACUGAUCUUGCCAGCUAUAGAGAGAAUCCAAGGGACAUUGAAACUAUUGAAAACAGAUACGCUUGGUACCAUCUCAAUGAAAAUUCCAGCGGUGUUGGAUGGUUAUGUGUGAAAGUUUACGGCGCUAAGGGUCUAGCGGCCGCUGAUCUGGGAGGGAAGUCUGACCCCUUCUGUGUUAUAGAACUGGGUAACGCAAGAUUACAGACGCACACAGAGUAUAAGACUUUAAAUCCCAAUUGGAUGAAGAUAUUUACAUUCACAGUGAAAGACAUAAGUUCAAUUCUAGAAAUAACAGUAUACGACGAGGAUCAUGACCAUAAGGUGGAGUUCCUGGGGAAGUUAGCGAUACCCUUACUUAAUAUACGAAACGGGGAGAAGCGGUGGUUCGCUUUGAAAGACAAGAAGAUGAGGGCAAGAGCGAAAGGGAACUACCCUCAGAUCCUGCUAGAGAUGAACGUUAUUUGGAACCCGCUUAAAGCAGCGAUACGUGUAGUAAACCCUAAAGAGGCAAAAUAUAUGUAUCAAGAGGCCAAAUUCAAAAGACAACUAUUUAUACGAAAUGUAGUGAGACUGAAGGCUAUAAUUAUGUGGUUCAUCGAAGUUGGCAAAAUCCUGCAGAACUGCUUUGAAUGGGAGUCAAGAGUACGAUCAUUAGCGGGGCUGGCGGUCUGGCUGGCGUUCUGCUACUAUUAUCAGAUGUGGAUGCUGCCGUUCCUAAUGCUGAUGCUGUUCGCGAGAAACUGGCUGGUUUAUAGAUUGACUGUUGCGUUGAAACAUUUUCGAAGUAAUCCUUGGGAGUGUAUUAAAAUUUUUUUUGGUAGUACUAAUGGCAACCCAUUAUUGCAACCUGUGGAUGACGACGAUUUACUUGCUGAAGAAGAUGACGAGGAAGAAGUGGAUAAGGAGGAAAAGAAAUCUCUUAAAGAAAGGCUGCAAGCUAUACAAGAAGUCACACAGACGGUUCAAAACGCGAUUGGAUACGUCGCUUCGUUGGGUGAAGCCGUUAAAAACCUAAUGAACUUCACAGUGCCGUAUCUUAGCUACAUAGCUAUAAUUAUGCUAUUUGGAGCUAUGUUUGUGCUAUACUUGAUACCUUUGAGAUAUCUUCUUAUGGCUUGGGGUAUAAACAAAUUUACAAGGAAGAUACUCCGGCCACAUACAAUACCAAAUAAUGAGGUCAUCGACCUCUUGUCGCGAGUGCCAGAUGACGAGAUAUUAUUAGACGUUAGAGAAAUCAAACCUCAACCGUCGAGUGACAACAGACGAGACGCAAGAAAAAAGCACAAAUCAUCAUAACAUUAAAAUUUAUAUUCCAUUUAUAAACACAAUUACGAUAUUUCGCUUAGAUUAUUUGUAAACGAUUAUAUUAGUUAAACCGUUGCUUAAUUUUAAGAAGUUAAUUUUUCAUGUCUUAUUGGCGGCAAUCAUGAGUGUUGCCAUGGUUAAAAAUAUUAAUGUGAUAGAAAAUGCCGUAUUUAAAUCUGGUAGUAAUGUAAUGUACCUGUUUUUACGUCCACUAGAGGUUCUGUUAUUGUAAUAACAAAAUUGACAAUGUCAAAACAAACAAGAUUGUUAUUAUAAAAAAAAAAAUUCUUCCUAUCAGUACAUUCAUAGUUUUUUUAUUUAUAAUUAAAGUUGGACUCGAGUUAUACUUUUUCUAACGGUGUUUGUUCUUGAAGAGCAAUAUUUUUCAAUAGAGAGUAAUUUCUAAUCUGUGAUUUAUAGAUCUUACUUUUUUCUUUUUUUUCUAUUAUUCAUGUAUUUCAUCAAAGAUUGAAGAUAGUGUCGCUAGAAAUACUAUUAACAUGAACAAUUAGUAUAAUCUAGUAUCAAUGCUUUAAGUUAUUAUAAAGCAUUUACUGUUGAAAAAGUAACAAAAAUAAUAUUAUAGUGGUAUAGUAUUAUACUAACUAGAAUUUUUACUAGAAUUGUUUUGUAAAAGGUGAUACCUUUUCUUUAUUGAAUAAAAUAUACCACAAUAGUUAAGACUGAGACCAAUCUCAUUAAAUAGCUAUCAUAUUAAAACUUAUUUAUUCAAAAUUCUAGUUUUAAACAGAUAAAAUGUUAAAUAUUUGUCUAUAAAUUUGAGCUUUCAUAUGAUAUUACUAAAGCAUUAAUGUAACUUUAUAAAAUCUUUAUUAAAAAUUAUUUAUAUUUAUCAAAUUCAUAUCAACUAAAAGAAAUUACUUAUUUCUAAUAAAACUUUUUCUUUUUUAAAAAAUUGCUUUCCUCACUUCCAUGCAUAUUAGGAUUUCUCUUAUUGAUAUUGCAUAAAUAACAUUGUAAAAUUAAACACCUAAUAAUAAUAAAUUUUGUAAGAAAUAUAUUUUUGAAAAUGUUUAUUUAAUAACCAAAGUCUCUAUUACUUAUUCUUGUAAACUUAAACUAAUGUAGUGUUUAAUUUCUUAAUACUUUUAUUUUGGUAUAAAAAUCUAGUCACUCUAUGAUGAGUUCCUCAAUUAAUAAUAAAAAUUAUUUUAGUACAACAAGUAGCACGUCUAAACGCACUAUUUUCGCUAAAUGUACACACAAUGCACUUUUUAUAUAUGUAUUGUUAUUCGCUAGCUAAAAUUGUGAUAUACUUGGUUACACAUUACUAAUAUAUAGCCGUUCGUCUGUUUGUUCUGCAGAAAAGGAGUCUUCCAAUUUUGCAUUUAAUGUUUUAAAUUAUAAUUUUAUUUCUGUGUUUUGACAUAAAAAUUUUGAGUGUCUUUAUUGAAUAUAAUUUGACUUAGAUUCUAUUAUUAUAAUUUUUUAAUUUACGUUACUUAAAAAAAUAUUGUUUUCACUUUAAUAAAUCGUUUGCGUUCCAUGAAUUAUAUUUCCUUGUAAAAAAGACGGUGAUAACCAAUGUUAACGCUUUUCAUAUUUUAAAAUUAAAAAAAAUAUCAUUAUUA